AUCCUUGUACAGUUUACCAAAAAAUUUCGUAUGAUAAUAUACUGUUUGAUAUCGCUAUUGCUAUAGUUUAAUAUAGAAUCGUUAUAUUAAUAAUAACAGAGUAAAAUAUGUAUUAAAAGAUAUUGUACUUAAGUUAUUGGAAUAACUUUUCUUUUAAUAACAUUUAACUCUGUUUAAAUAUAUCACAUUAUACAACAUGAACAGUAUUCGAUGUUCUUUCCAACGACUGUCUUUAUUAAAUAAUAAACCUUUUUUGAAUGAACUUGUUGGAACAUUACGAAGGUCUAUAGUAUUAACCGGUAAAUCUUUCUCAUAUGAUCAAAGUACAGAUUACCAAGAUGAUACGGAUGAAUAUGAGAACGAACAGAAAAAACUUAAAUGGUUAGACUAUAAUAACAAAUUUUUUCCUAUACAAUCACCGAAUGAGGAAAGAAGACCAGCCUAUGUAUGUCAUAUGAAGGCAAAUGUAAAAUACAGUCCAAAAAAACUUUGGUAUAUCGCCUGUUUUGUUAGAGGAAUGACUGUGGAUGAAGCAAUUAAACAGUUAAGUUUUAUGCAUAAAAAAGGAGCAGUUAUUGUAAAAGAAACUAUUUUAGAAGCACAGAAUUUAGCUGUAUCAAAACAUAAUGUUGAAUUUAAAAGUAAUUUGUGGGUUGCUGAAUCUUUUUGUACUAAAAGUAUGGUAUAUAAAGGAAUAAGACGUCAUGCUCGAGGCCGUAUUGGAGAAGUACGUUACACAUAUUCUAGUUACUUUGUACGUUUGGAAGAAGGAAAGCCACCUGAAAAUUAUUAUUUGCCAAUUCCUAAAACCGGUGAACAACACUUGGAAAGUUGGCUAAAACAAAUGCGAAUGCGCAAAAUAAUAAAUUCCUUGUAAUUAUUUCUUAAUUUGUGUAAAUAAAUUAACGUAUUAUAUAUCUCU